CAUCGAUGAGCUCAAAGCAACGGGAAACCAAACAAAAUUCACAAACACAGCGUCCCUUCUUUUUUUGGUACGCUACACUUUGCGUUUACAUUAAAACUUUCAACCGCUCUCAACAGCAUUCAGCAUAUUGUAAAACAGCAAAGAAAGCAAUUGGAAUUCUUUUUUCCCCAUUUCCUUCUAUGUCUUGCGAUGUGUGUGAGCUUUUGAGCUAGAGCACAGGACACCACACCAUUCGCUUGCCCGAAAUGGUUGUGCUUUUGCGAGUAAAUGUGAAUGAAACAUCAAUUUUCUACUUCAAAAGCUUCAACACCUUUGUAAUUGAUAAAGUUUUUUAAUUUUACUGCACACAAUCCAUCGACCGCCGCGUUCUCGCGGACGAUGAAAGUGAAAUGUUUUAGAUAAUGGUCGAUUACAUACGGAGCUGACGGAUUAGAAUAUUCUUUACCAUAUUCUGGUACGCGGAGAUAAAGAAACGAAGUACAGCAAUAGAAGAACCUGAUAAGUUUAUCAUAAUAUAAUUAAUCAAUAUUGCUUCACACUCAAACACACGUUUGCUAUACAAAGCCGAUCAUCGUAGCUAAAAAGCCACUAUAAGCAAUCAUUAUUUAACUAGCGCAAACAAGCUGUCCUCAUCGAUAGCAAAACUCUGCGAAUGAUGAGCCAAUCAAACACAGAAACAAACAAACAAACAGCCCUGGUGGCUGGAAGUAAUAUAAACUUCCUUUCUUCCUUUCCACACGCGGGGCCGAGUUUGCGCGCGAUCGUGAGCGACAAACGCGCUCGGGGCACUCACGGGCCAUCAGUUCGGUUCGUUAGCCGCGCGGCUUCGGUUUUGUGUUGCCGAAAAGCGCGCGCUAUGCCGGGUUUGGGUGAUGAUAUCGGCCACCACCAUGCCGACCAUCGACGAAUCAUCAGUCAAGUCAGACAAAUUUCUCGCGCGCUUGAGAAUGGUUGCAAUAAAAAGCUUUGGCGGCUGGGUGAGAUAAGUUUUUCCCGCGAGUGGACGAGUUGGGCAGCGCCAUGCAAGUGCGUGAACCGUUGCAGCAAGUGAAGUGGUGUGUGGCUACAAAACUAAGUAAUAUUACAUUGUGUGUGUAGUGUGAGUUCGUAGGUUGUGCAGUAUGCAGUGUCCAUGAAAAAAAGAAACCAUCAAUUUUACUGUGCUUGAGAGAACAUGAUAAAAUUACCUCGUUUGCAUCACUGCUAAACAUGUCGGUUAAGCGCACGAAAUGUGGACUACGCAUCGUCUGGUGGAUUUGUGGGUGUACAUUAUGGGGAUUCUGCAUGUUUCCAGUCGCCAACGGUGCCAUCCCCGAAACGGCAUGUGGCCGGGCAGGACAGUUGCUCGGUAAUUGCUUCCGUAAUUUCACCCCAACCGUUGCGGUCGAAGCACUGCAUGCGGUCAAAAUUCCCGACUCGCUGGAGGAAAUCAACAGCCGGUGCCUAAUCUUCAACCGCGGAAUGGAAUGCGUCCGCCAGUAUCUGAGGGAGUGCGUCAAUGCGCGGCAGCGGAAAAUUAUCGAAAACGAAGUGUACGGUGCACAGAAGCUGUACGAGUAUCUGUGCUACGAUCAAGCCUUCCAGCGUGAAUUUCUACGGCACAAGAGCUGCUUCCAGCUGGUACAUCCCGAGUGGGAUCUCUGCUCGAACCAGUUCAUAGGCGUGCUGAAGGAGGAGAUGGCCCGCGUCACCAAGCAGUCGAUCAAUGUUCAAUACGUAAACUUUUGCUGUGCUCGGUAUGCGUACGAAAACUGCGUGUACGACAAUGCCCGCUACAUCUGCAAACCGGACUCGGCCGUGUUUUUGCGCCGCAUCGCCAAGCUGCUGUCCACCGACAAGCACUUCCUCAACUGUGAUAGGAUUGAAAAUGAGCUCUGCUCCGGUGCGGUCCGUGUCCCCGGUGAGUACGUCACGGUGCCGCUUCUCCUCCUUCUCCCCCUGCUCCCGCUGCUACUGCUGACGGUCGGUGCGGUACGGUAGGAGAAACAGCUUGCCAGCCACAACGGUAAUUCGCGAUACGUACCGCGGCGUACCGUCUCAUACAGGGUGUGUAUAUCUUAUUGUUAUUACACAAAAAACGAUUGCUGUACGCGACUGUAAAGAGUGUCGUAUGAAUAAAGUAAUGUUUUAUGUACUACCUUUUAA